AUGUGGCAAGUGGUUCAGCGAGGAGAUGUUCAAGAUUAUGGGAUGCUGGAGGAGUUUGUCACCACGGUGACAGAGAUUGUGCCAGAGCUUUUGAGUUGCAGUAAGAGGGCCCAACUCAUCCUGGGCCUUCGAGCAAGGGUAAGAGAUUGGCCUCAGAAUGGGGAAAAAGAAACAUGCAACAAGAUCAUGUGAGGUUAGUCUCUGACAACAAUAUUGUUGACUCUAGCCUAAAACAGUCAGCUGUUAAACAUUGACUGAGUUGAAGACCCUGACACUGAUUUUCUCAAAUACUGACAUUGGCCCUUAGCUAGGCUAUCUAUCUAAAUGUGUCACAAUGAGAAAAGAGCAAUGCCUACGUAGUUUGUGGUUGACCUUUGCUCUACUCUUGACUGGUCAUCUGUAAUUUUAGAUGGUUCUGGAGUUGUGUCGUACUGAGCAGACAGCAGACCAAGACAUUCAGCAACACCUGGACAGGAUCCGAAGCCUCAUAUCCACUGGGGAAGCAGAGGUGAGUAUCUUUCAGGUAUUAUUGUCAUUUUAGGUUAAUUUAUUCUCAUCUAGGAUGUGUUCCCUGUGGAAUUCGGGCCCAACUAUGACACUGCAAUACAGAUGUUGAUGUUGGAAUUCCUUUCCAGACUUGAGAAGUUACUUCCCAUACCAGACCUUGAACAGGUAAUAAGAAGGAAUAACACCGUUAUCUAAUUAGUUUGGGGAAUUAGAAGUCAAGAAUACCAAGCAAGAAUCAAUAACAUUUUUUUACAUUUAAACAAAGAAACUCAGUGUGACAUGAGUUUGUAGUUGUUAAUGCUUUUAAAACAUGUUCCUCUCCCUCAAGACUGCCACCUUGUUAAAUGCUGUCCCCUCUGCCCUGGAGAAAUGUGUACAGUUUGUACCUGACCCCAUACAAUUGAGAACCUUGCUCCAGUACCACAGAAAACGUGGACAUUUGGACUCCAUCCGUGAGUAUCAUACAGUGUUAUAGAUUGGUUGUGCCAAAAUUGCAAUUAUAACUGGGAUAGUUUGGGUCCUGGAUGCUGAUCGGAUGAAACAGCAUUUCAGCCAUGUGUAUAUCAAACAAUAUACCACAGGUAUGAUGUAUAAAUACUUGUUUACUGUUCUAAUUACGUUGGUAACCAGUUUAUUUUAGCAAUAAGGCACCUCUGUUUUUUGGGGGUGUAUGGCCAAUAUACCACUGCUAAGAGCUGUAUCCAGGCACUCCACAUUGCAUCAUGCAUAAGAACAGCUUUAGCCCUGGUAUAUUGGCCAUAUACCACACCUCCUCGGCCUUAUUGCUUAAAUAUACCACACUCCCUCUGCCUUAUUACCUGAAUGAUUUGUGUCAAGUAGAGCAAUUGUUACUUUUAUCGGUAAAAGUUUAUAUUCGAGGCAUUGACAAAAUUAUCAUAUGCUGUUCAAUUUAACCUUAAUUUUUUUCAUUGUCUCCCACUUUUUAUGCAUGAAAAGGAACUCCAUCGUCCUUUGGUGACUGCAUCCUCUCCUCUCUGUCUCUUCCUCCAUACGUCCGAGUGGUGACUGCCCCAGAUGUAGACUCAGAUACACAAUCAGAAAGCAUGAAUUUGGAGGGAAUGGAAGCAAGAGAGUUGUUGGAGAAUCGGACAAAGGAAAUUGAUGGACUAGUCCCAGCAGAUGAGGUUAGAAGAGACGUAAUUACUGAGCAGGAGUAUGGUACGGACAUGGAGACUGCCUUGGGGAAAUUGACAAUCAAGCUGUCACUGGCUUGA